UCCCACAAAUUCCCCCUCGGCCCCCCAGCCCGCAACCUUCUCCGCGGUGCCGAACUACCUCCCCCGUGCUACUCCGGUGCCACCUUCCCCCGCGCUGCCGCCCCACCUGCCUCCCCGGUGCCGCUGCCCCACCUGCCUCCCCCGCGCCGCCUAGCUGCCACCUUCGUCGCGCUACUGCCCCACCGCCUUCCCCACACCGUCGCGGUGUAUCGCCCCGAUUCACCUCCGCCGCGCACCACGCCAAUGUGGAAGGGCAUCAGUGGGGGGCAGUGAUGCAUGGCCAUCCAAGCUCGCAUGGAUGAGUGCUAGAUCCGUUCGCCCCUGGCCAUGAGCGCUGCAAUUUGGACGACCGUGGAUUCUCCCUCUCCCUAUACUCCUGGCUGGAUCCGCCUACUCCGAGGUGUGCGCGCUGUUCCUCGGUGCGGCGGCGCGCGUCAGAGGCCCGUUGCUGGGGCGACGACAAGAGGGAAGGCGCCGGUCGGGAGGGUGCGGCGGUGUCAUGCGGGAUCCGCCCUGGGUUGCUCCCAACAAUGGCGGCUCACCGCCAUGGCUCUCUCUCGUGCCUUCAGGGACACUCCACCGAGUUCAACGCCGCCACCCUUCACCAGAUCUGCGGACAUGCAACAUCGCGGCCACACAUCCAAAACUGGCGCCUCCGUCCUCCGACGAGCACUGGCUCCGGCGUCUGAACUCCUACUCUCCUCCACUCGAUUGGGCAUGCCGUGCAGUUCGGCGGGGCCUCCCGUGCGGUUCAGAGGCUCCUGUGCUCAUCCUCUCCACCCCCGCUCCGGCCUGGAUCCGUCCUCUGCCGUCGGCCACCACCUAUAUGGCGUCGUGGGAGCCUUCAAAAAAGCCAUCACGGCUGUGGCCCUGAUCUGGGAUGCCUCCACCGUCCUGUACCGCGGCUCCGGGUGUCGCAGUGUCCUCAGACAAAGCAGCUCCAACCGGGUGGAUGGGGCACUGCAAUCCUCAUCGCAAAAUGGUGUGCCCCACUUCCUCCUCUACAUGCAGUACACCAUCACAACCAGGGGAGAGUGUUGGGUUGGACGAGAUGCAGUACGGACGGCGACACCGUGCAGCUCAUCGGCAGCGUACCUAUGGUUCGUCAGCUGGCAGCGUGCAGUUCAGUAGCCCCCUGAUACAUUUUAUUUUGUAGUUCUUUCAUUGUGUUACGUGAUCUGUGUGUGCUGUCAAAAACUCGGGUGUGUAUUGGUGCAGUUCGCUAGUCUCCCAUCUGCAGUGCAGUACCGAUGUCUUGAAUAAAAGAUGUAGGUCUCUCCAA